UGAAUUAUUUCUGUAUGAAGAACCAGACCAAGCCAAUGAACCUGACCAAUCCAAUGAACCUGACAUUAUUGAUAAGAUUCAGGAUUUGAUUACACGAUUGCCUCUUGACCAACCAAUGGAUACAUACGAAUAUGUAAUUGCUAACAAUAACCUUAUCACCACUGAAAUACCAACUGAUAAAGAAAUCAUUGAAGCUGUCAAGAAUCGUGAUUGUAUUGAACCAGAUGAAGAAUCACGAAAACCAAUAUCACCUGUAGAAGCCUUAAGAUUUAUUCAUGGAAUCCUAACUUUUCUUGAAGAGCAGCCAGAUGGAAGUUUUAAAGUUGAUGAUUCUCUUAUUCAGAAUUUAGGAAAAUUAAAAAAAGAAAUAAAUUCGAAACUUGUCACUUCCAAACAUCAAGCAACCUUGGAUACAUUUAUUUGUAAUACGAAUUAG